GAACGAGCGAGUCAGCCAGUCAACCUGAAACCGCGAACAACCGCGACACCGUGUGUUUCGUCCGUGCGCUGCCGAUGGCGCCGGGCCUUUCUGUCACCUCGCAAACAAACACCAGCUUCGAUUUCGACCGCGGACAUCGAAGCGGAUUUUACGCGGACUAGCGACCGACUUGCGGUAUCACACCUGUCAGUGUCGCGGCUCGAGAAAGCAGGGAGUUGCGUUAGAGCGUAGGUGAGAAUCGAAAUCGGAUCAACGAGUGGGUUCCUUCAAGGGAAUUGCGGGGUACUUCGUUAACUUCCAAGCUUAGUUGGAAAGAGUCUGUCCGCACGCCUGUUCAAAGUAGUGGUACUUCCAUAGGUACUUUUGUAGAAAUCAGUGUUUUGAAUCACAGUGUUGAGUUUAUGUGGAGCUGCAAGGUUGCUGUGCAGAGUGCUGGAGUUUGCUUUGGGGUCCUCAGAAUUUCGAGGGAUUCAAGCGAGUGUCGAGCCUCACAUGGAUGUCCCACAUCGAAUUUGAGUGCGUAUCGAUUUCGAGUGGAAAUUGGAACACGUCGGAAUUACCGUACUUUCAGUCCGUACGAUAUGGAACUGCACAUGAACUAGCAACACAAAGAAGUUGCAGCACAAUAUAUUUGCAGCUUAAGAAAAUUGUGGCACUCAACUUAAAGAACAACUGUCAUUUGAACGUCCUCCAAAUAAAGUUUGAGAACUUUCCAAAAGCAAUCAGAUCCAGAUCGUCCCAAAUUCUAAAUAGCCUAUCACUUCGAUAAGAAGGCUACGGGUUCGAUUUCCCGGGACUGCAGGAACCGUGGAAGCAUAAUCGCAUCGUGACCGAAAUCUCGCCUAAAAUCCUCCAGAAACCGCUGAGUGGUGUUCUGGCUGGAAAGCGAGGCGUUGAAACCGCGACAGAGGGGAUACGUUGGUCGAACGGUGAAAUCGAAGAUGCAGCGAGAGCUCGAUACGAAGUUCAAAGGAUAUAGCCGUGUCUAUUAAGCGUUUUGCUCUCGCGUUACGCCCGUGGAAAGUCAAACAGGAGAGGUGGAGAGAAGGGAACGUUGUUCACCGCGACUUUCACGUCGAGCCGUUUCUUGUCGAUCGCGUUGCGAAAAUCCAGCCUUACUCUGCCCGCGUUGACGAAAAGUUCCGUCUGUCGAACCCUAAACAAUGGACACGCAGCUUGCAAUCGUUAGAUCAGAAAGUUUGGUGUAAUUAAAUCGUUCUCAGGGAUCGGUGAUUUUUUCAGUGAGAAGUGAGCAGAAUUUUUUCAGUGAAAUCGUCGCGUUUUUCGAGUCUGCUCUCGAUUUUGAGAAAGCGAUCGAUGGACGAAGAUUGUGCAACGAGAUCGUUAGCUGAAAGUAAUGGAACGAGCGCAAAACACGAGUGAUACAAGAACGAGACAAUGAUCGGUGUAAUUGCAUGCUUAUUAUAGCAAGCAAAAACAAGAUCGUUAUGGUUUGGUAAUAAAGCGAGCAAAUGCCUGCAAUUUAACGGCCUCGCUGGUUCGAGUGUUAACGAAUUAUCGAAAGGAAACGUUUGAAAGCGAGUCGAACGUUUGAAGACAUCGAUUAUCGAUGGGAAUAUAAUUCCAAGAUAUUUCCUCGAGGUCUUUAGGUUCUGACAGCGAAUUAUUCAUUGAAGUAUAUUCAUUAUACUACAACGAAAUUGUGGACUGCAAUUGUAUAUUUAUAAGCUUUGGAACAUCAAGUUUGGAUAGAAUACUUUGUAUAAUUAUACUUUAUACAAUUUCAACGUGUUGAAGUUCAAAGGAACUGUGAAACAUUAAAUUCAAAUGCACUGUAAUGCAUUUAUAGAAAUUGUCGAAUUAAAAUACUGAGUUUGCAAGAAACGAAUUUACAAACUAAGUUUGAGUUCCCAAGAACUAGAAUUUCAAAUUAAAUCGAUAAGAAGACUACAACGUGUCAAAUUUUAUCGUCAGAACGCGUUAAUUUGAAUGUCGAAAGCGACCGAGUCCCAGCGCGCCAAAUUUGAAUUCCAAGAGCGCCCGCUCCCAGCGCGCCAAAUUCGAAUGCAUAGAAAUUGCAGUGCUUCAGUUCCAGCACUCUAAAUUCGAGAAUAAAUAGUUUCUGACUGAAUAGAACUCCAUCGAAACUCGAAGAAACAACGCGAAAUUUGAAUUUCGAGAGCGCGGACUCCCAGCGCGCCAAAUUUGAAUUUCAACAACACCCAGCGCGUGAAAUUCGAACGCACAGAAACCGCAGCUCCCAGCAGCAAUUCUCAUUGAAUUAAACUCUCUGAAACUCGAAGAAACAGCACAUCAAAUUUGAAUUUCAAGAGCGUCGGCUUCCAGCGCGCCAAAUUUGAAUUUCAACACCGAGCGCGCGAAAUUCGAAUGCACAGAAACCGCAGCUCCCAGCAGCAGUCUCAUCGAAUUAAACUUUCCGAAACUCGAAGAAGUCUUGCAGAAUUGAAAAAUUAGGCAAGUUGGACUUUUAUUGGCCCUGGCAGCCAUAAAGUUAUGAUAAUGGCGCGCAAUAUGGUCAUGGCUCGUGCGUCAUAAGGCUUCGGCUGUCGGAACGGUGACAUCAAUUUAGAAAACUGUCGACCGCGGGUAAAUCUAAUUAUUUAACGAGCGAGUGGGCGUAAUGCGUCUCCGAGUGGCGACGCGAAAUCGUGCGGAAGACCGACGUGUACCCUUCGUUUCCCUGAAAACGGAUUCCCAGUUGUUUCGCUGGCGAACAAACGGGAUUUUAGUGCGGACGGUGUGUCGUGCUGGUGUUCCGUGUUGUGUUUAACUUCAAGAAAUAGCAAGGAUUUUUGGAAGGUCUAUUGGGUACCGCAAUGUAUCUUGGAUAAGUAAGACGCUUCCGACAUCGGCUGAUAAACCAAAGAGCACUGUGAUAGCAAACUAAAGAUGAACCACGAAAUUGUGAGUGAAAACAGUGAAACUACCGCAUCGGUUCGACGUUGAUCAGUGAAAACGAUCAUGUUCACGAUGAUCGAGCCGAGAAACGACAGGGUGUCCAACACCCAGACAAAACACCAUUGUUACCAGGUGAUAAGAACCACCAGGGUGCACCAGAGUUCAAGGAGCUCGAGGAUGGUUACCGUUCAGGAGAAGGUCAUCAGAUCGCGGCUGCAGUUGGGAUAUUCGACUCCUACCAACUUCAUUAAUCGCUUCCCUCAGAAAAUGGAGAGGCCAUCGCAGCAUGCCGCGAACGUGAACCAGGUGCACAGCAGCGGCAUGCACGGGGUGUACUCGUCCGGCAGCCAAACAUCCCUGACGACGUCGUACAUCACGGGCCAGUCAUAUGUUCAGAAUCAGAAUUACGCCCACGGUCCGUACAACUCGUCGUCCAAUGUGCGGGUGUACGCUCAUGCGGGGUACAAUCAGCCCCAAAGCUACGGCACCAUGGUGCAGGGCUACGGCGGUCAACCUCAGGCAACAGGGUAUCAACAAAAUCACCUUAAAAAAGGACCUGUACGUAACGGAGACGUGCUGAAGAGAUGUCGCCUUCAGACUGCGUACGAGCUGUCUCAGGACCUCCUAGACAAGCAGAUCGAGAUGUUAGAGCGAAAAUACGGCGGUGUGAAGGCCAGGAACGCGGCGCUGACCAUCCAACGCGCGUUCCGAAGAUACACACUGCUGAAGAAGUUCGCGGCGAUCACCGCGAUGGCAAAGGCGGAGAAGAGGCUCAGCAGGAAGCUGCAGGAGACGGAUCGAGCGACGGGCAUGAACGAGCACGAGAAGAUGGCCUACCACAGUCAGAUUUAUAUCCAGCAGCCUCAGACCGCGAACAGACCCAUGCCCAUCAGGAGCAUGUCCCUCAGAGAGAGGAGGCACGCGGAGAACUCGCAGUCGCCGAUACCCAGAAGUCAGAGCGGCAGGUGCGAGGUUCAGGUCACGGGUCAUCAGCACGCGAAUCAUAAUAUUCAUCAGAGCGGCAGACACACGCCCUCCUUGGCGCCCAGUCCUUGCAACAGACAUCAGCAGCUUCCUCCCAGUCCGUGCUGGGAGUCCAGCUCCCAGGAAAGCGGCUCUAGCAUCCAUUAUUACAACCCACAGGAAGCCCUUUGUGGCAUCAGACAAGAGACACCUCCGCGGGACUUGCUUCGAACGCCGUGCACGUCGCCGUCGACGCCUCACAAUCUCCAAACACCGAUCCCUCAAAACUGGAGCAAUACCAGUCAUCUGGGCUCCGCCGGGCGAACGAGAGGAUCCGCGAAAAAGGUCCCGCCGGAAGUGCCAAAAAGAACGUCUUCCAUUACGUCCAGGUCCAUGGAACCGCGUCACAAUGGUUUGAGCAAGAGCGUCGAGAACGGUAGCCUGAGCUCGGUCCAGAGCUCUGGCAGCGAUUCCACUAAUUGCGAGAGCUCAGAGGGAGACGCUCAAAGAGGAUCACCUGUGUGGAAGCAUAAAGGAAUCUCAAGCUCGCCGGAACAUCAGGAAUGCGCGAAUCACGCGACAGACUCAGCCACCAUGAUGAACAGCGUAAAAGAUAUGGGUCAUUCACACGCCAGCUCCGGUUACCAGCUUCCAUUGAUGGACCAUCAAGAGAGUAUACCACAAACGAGCUACAAAGUAUCGGAGACCGUCAGAAAACGUCAAUACAGAGUAGGCCUAAAUCUGUUCAACAAGAAGCCCGAACGGGGAAUCAGUUAUCUGAUCAGACGAGGAUUCUUGGAGAACAGUCCGCAGGGUGUAGCCAGAUUCUUGAUCAGCAGAAAAGGAUUGUCCAAGCAGAUGAUAGGAGAGUACCUUGGGAACUUGCAGAACCCCUUCAACAUGGCUGUGCUUGAAUGCUUCUCCCACGAGCUGGAUCUGUCUGGAAUGCAAGUGGACGUAGCCCUAAGGAAAUUCCAAGCAUACUUCCGGAUGCCUGGCGAAGCCCAGAAGAUAGAACGACUGAUGGAGAUCUUCAGUCAACGUUAUUGCCAAUGCAAUCCAGACGUGGUGUCCAGGCUACGUUCAGCAGACACCGUCUUCGUCUUGGCGUUUGCUAUAAUCAUGCUGAACACAGAUUUACAUACUCCAAACCUGAAGCCGGAACGCAGGAUGAGGUUGGAAGACUUCAUCAAGAAUCUCAGAGGCAUAGACGACUGCGGGGAUAUUGACAGAGACAUAUUAAUGGGCAUCUACGAGAGAGUGAAGGAGAACGAAUUUAAGCCUGGAUCUGAUCACGUUUCCCAAGUGAUGAAGGUUCAAGCGACGAUAGUGGGCAAGAAGCCUAACAUGGCGUUGCCGCACAGAAGAUUAGUCUGCUAUUGCAGGCUGUACGAGAUCCCAGAUAUACACAAAAAGGAGAGACCAGGUGUUCAUCAACGAGAAGUGUUCCUCUUUAAUGAUCUUCUCGUUGUGACCAAGAUCUUGAGCAAGAAGAAGAACAGUGUCACCUAUACCUUCAGACAGAGCUUCCCACUUUGCGGAAUGGUCGUCACCCUGUUUGAAGUUCCACAUUAUCCGUACGGAAUUAGACUCUCCCAACGCGUGGAUGGAAAGGUUUUGGUCACAUUCAACGCGAGGAACGCGCACGACAGGUGCAAGUUCGUGGAGGAUCUCAGGGAAUCUAUCAGCGAAAUGGACGAAAUGGAGACCUUACGGAUUGAGACAGAAUUAGAACGACAGAAGAGCAGUAGAAGCGCCAGAGGAGGCGCAGAGAACCGGGAUUCUGGAGUAGCGGAUGUGGAGAUAUGUCCUUGCCCAGGUCCCUGCUCGGAGAGGUCAGAAACCACCGACACGGACACGCAAUUGAAACGCUCUGCUCUUAGUAACUCGCUCCUGGAUAUACAUGAGCAGUUUGCCGGUGAGAAACCACAACGACGUGGAAGCGUGGGCUCCCUAGAUAGCGGUAUGUCGAUUUCUUUUCAAUCUACAUCUGCCAGCUCAAUGAGCCAAGGCAUUAAACAUCCUGGACAUCCUAUACAUCCAGGGGCUACGAUCCCUGGUGGUGCUAAGGGACUGGCUCAGCAGCCAUCUUUUUUAGGGGGUCUCUUCGCCAAACGGGAACGAAAGCUUUCGCAAUCGGAGGAAUCAGGCCCCUACAGUCGCACCACGGAAGUAUAAUAUAUCCUUCCGGUGCUAUUUAACUGAUAACAGACCAAAUCGGAUUCCUACAAGGGGACGAGCACUGAUUAAUUAUCUAUCGAACGCGUAACUCAGAACUUCUUGAAAAGUGUAUACCAUUGGCGUAGCUAAAGGCGGACCUGGCCUUCCAUAGGUCCUCUUUCCAAUCCCUAAAUUCCCAAAUUUAAAAAUUGAUCAUAGUGGAUAUAAAGCGUUAAUAAUAGAGAACCCAAAGAUCUCAUUAACCCCGAGAAUAGUCACGCCACUGACCUGUACUUGUACCAUUCUUUAUUUCAGACUUUGGUGUUAUGGUAUGAAAAAAUUGAUAGUAGUAGUUUGAAAAGUAGUAGUAAAAUUUGAAGCCAAUGGUUCGUGCAGUCCCUUUGUUGGAUAAGACUCCUCUUGCUUUCCUCGACUUCUGAGAAAGCGAAGCACAUUUAACAUUGCACACGAACAGAAAGUACAACGCAGUUUGAAACUGGAAGGAAGAGCGAAAGUUACCCUAGGUUAAAAAUGAAACAUAGAAAGAAGUGCUUCGAGAAAUGAGCGAAGAAAGUUGGAAGGUAACAAGAUGUAAAUUUAUGAGAUUGGGCAGGAUCCAAUCGCUAUCAGUCCAAGAAGAGGAUUUGGCAAGACCCUGCUGGCACAUGUAUAAUAUUUAUUCAUCCAAAAAAGAAGUCGGAUACGUUUUCUUUCGUAUGGUAUUUAUAUAUUAUAAUUUCUAAUGGUGGGUCAAACUCGCGCCGAUCUGCGUUGUGUAUGUAGAUAAUAAUCGUUUUGUUCGCCGCUAAGAAUGAACCGGUUUUUAAGCAGGUUAUGUUAAGAAAGGAUAUUCUUAACGUAACGUGAGACAAAAAAAUGGAUAAAGCGGUUCAUGGAGAGUGGCUCUCGAGUAAUGUCGUGUUUUUUGCAAGUGUCGUC